AAGUUAAUUUCAGCUUAGGGUCGAUAGAAGUUGAUUUAAAAACAAGUUGGUAAGAGUGAUCAUGGGGUUAGUUUUUAGUCACGACCCUUUCGGCAAUAAUUUACGACCAAAUGUGCGAGAAGAACCAACUUUUGAUUCCCUUAUGGGAUUUCCUAAUGGAAGAAAAGAAAGAGUUAUGAUUGCUACUGAGGAAGAAUUAAAAUCAGCUAAAAUUCCUUUAGAAGACAGAGACUAUUGUGCUCAUUUAUUACUGAAAUAUCGUGCCUGUAGAAGAGACCAGUUUCCAUUUUUAUAUAGAUGUGGACAUGAAAAACAUGAAUAUGAAUAUUGUGAACAUGAAGAUUUCAUUUUAAGAAUGAAAGAAUAUGAACGAGAGAAAAGACUCUUGGCUCGAGCCGCUAAGAAAAGAGCCAAAGAAGAAAAGGAAAUGAUGAAUGAAGAAUAAAUUUAGGAAUAAAUAGGCCAAGUUGAAAUAGAAAAAUUCUUUGUAGAUUGCUAAAAUUACCUGUACAGAUCCUUAUGAAAAUAGUAAGUUUGGAUAAUAAAUAAUUUUAUUUAAAAGUUU